AUGAGCGACUGGGAUACCGUCACCAAGAUCGGCUCGCGCGUCCGGGGCGGCGCCGCGGGUCCCCGCGAGACCGUCGUCCGCGGCAAGAGCGCCCUCAACGCUGCGGCACGGAGUGGCGGCAUCGUGGCGACGGAGAAGAAGUACGCGACGGGUAAUGCUAGCGCCUCCUCGGAAGGCCAACGCCUCACCAAAGUCGACCGCUCCGACGACAUCGUCAAGCCCAAAACCGUCGGCACCAAAGUCGGCCAAGUCAUCGCGAAAGCGCGCUCCGAGUGCAAAAACGACAAAGGCGGCACCAUGACGCAGAAGGACCUGGCGACCAAGUGCAACACGACGCCCACGAUCAUUGCGGAUUUCGAGCGCGGCACCGCGGCCCCCGAUCAGAAGUUGCUGGCGACGAUGGAGAGGGUGCUGAAUGUGGUGCUGAGGGGGGAGAAGUUGGGGCAGCCUAAGUUUCCGAAUAAGAAGUAG